AUGGCUUGCAAAGAGAAUUUGGUACAAAACUGGGUCUGUGUCCUUGUUUAUUAUUAUCCUAUUUAUCAAGAACUCUCAAGGCAAAUUCAGAAUGCCCACACGGGGCUGGAUUUGUCGGUGCCGGAAUACCAGGAAAUCCAUGGGAAGAUGAUGUCUGGCCAUGUCGAGUAUCACAUUGUUGUUGUUACCCGACUGGCUGCCUUCAAAUCAGCAAAGCACAAGCCUGAAGAUGUGGUUCAAUUUAUGGUUUCCAAGAAGUACAGUGAGAUUGAAGAGCUCUACCAGAGACUGACAGCACGAUAUCCACAGGUUUCUCUUCCACUCCUGCCUAGAAAAGUUCUCUUUGUGGGGGAAUCUGACAUCUCUGAACGAAGAGCUACCUUCAAUGAUAUCAUGAAAUUCAUCUCCAAAGAUGAGGAACUAGCAACAAGUCCUGAGUUACUGGAAUUUUUAGGAACAAAAUCUUCCAGUGCUGUUGACAUCAAGGGUAAAAACGUGCCUGAUGACAGGGAGAAAGAAGAUGAAGAAAAUGAUGCAUUGGAUUUUUUCAAAGAGGAGAAGACACCUGACUUAAUCUCACAGCUUUUAUCAGUGGAAAAUAUCAAAAAAGGGGAGAGAAAAGAAGAGGGAGAUGAGGAAGAAGAGGAAAUUUUAGACCCUCUUGGUAUAAUCAGGUAUGGCUAAAAGCCUAUAAAUUAGGUAUUUAGAUUUUAGCCUUUCUGAAUAAGGCUGUUGUAUGUCACAGUCCCACAUCACUAAAUUUCACAGAGGAGGAGGGGCCUCUACACUUCAUGAAUUGAGGUGCUUUGACAGAGGGAAGAGACUUUGUGGUGCCUUUUCAGUGCAUUCCUCAGGACAUGGAAGUGACAGGGACGUCAUGAAUGCCUUGCUAACAGUCUCAGCUACAGAAAGUACUUUGCUGGACACUGCAGGGCUCUACCACAAAGCAUCAACCCUCCAGCAUCCAGUGGAUGUGCCUUCUGGAGUACACAGAACACUCUGAUUGCAGUGUCUGGAAUUGCUUUUGAGCUCACUUGUGGCUUUUUUUUCCUUUUUCCUUUGUUGAAGGUGUCACAUACUAAAUGCAACUAAGACAUAAGCAGUAACAGCUUGAGAAACUGGAUCAGAGCUUCCUGAUAUUAGUAUCUGGGUUUGUUUACCUGUCCAGUAAUUUUCUGACAGUUAUUUUCUUCACUUGAAGAUGGAAUUUCUCACUAAAUUACAAACCAAUUUCUAACUACUAAAGUCUGGAAGCAAAUUCAGUUUUUUCUGUGGCUGGGAUCAUGAGUAUCAACUACUUUUUAGGGUGUCUCAGGCUUUAGAUGUCCAAGGAGGUGUAGCUGGUUUUGAUCUUCAGUAAGCACUGAUCGACCCAGCUGGAUGAUUUCAGCUACCCAGAGUCACCAGCCACUACUGAAUGUUGUCUUGGGUCUAAACUGUGCUUUCAAAAUGUUUCUGCAUAGCAAAAGGGAGUAACUGAGAGUAACAAGCCAGACCCUUCUCUUGGUGUUUCCCAAUGGCAUUAAAUCAUCUCCAGGGGAUCAUUCAAUCUAGGCUCUAAGCUGGAGUCUCCUACACUAAGUUUGGUCAAGUAAGGUGAUUAAUACUGGAAGCCCUGUUUGGAUUUUCCUUCUGCUAUUAUAAUCAUAUGUAAUCAUGGAUGCCCAGAUACUGUCCUUUUUACUUGAAGUAUUUAAUCCUUUAAAUCAGAAAAGUUUCACCAGAGAACAUUAACUAUUACUCUUAUGAUACAAUGUGCUAAAUUACUCAGCAUCAAAAUUAUUCUUUU